GCAGUUUGUUCUGACGAGUGGUGCAGUUCACAGGCAAAACAGGCUUAAGGAUAACAAAUACAAAUACAAGUACAAAUACAAAUAGAGAAGAGAUUACUUUGCCAUGCUGGUACACCGCUACGCCACCGUAUUGGCAGUUCUACUGCUGCUCUGGAGCGGAUGUUUCGCCCAGCUGCAGGUGCAGGCACAAAGUGGUUACAACUAUGUGCGUCCCGAGCUGGCCACCACUGGAGGCGGAGGCGCGGUUGCAGCACGUCUGCAACCUGGGUCCUAUCCCACAGGCACAGCUCUGCCCCUGACGCCUGCGCCUGCAACAGCCUACGGCGCUGGCCUGUUUCCAUCGCCAGCUGUGGGCUAUACGCCAAGUGGACAGGCAACGACUGCAUUUGGCGCUCCAGCCUCUGCAUUGAGCAGUACCUCCAAUCUACCCAGACGACCAACAGGCACCGGCUUGCAGGGCGCAUCUAGUGCGGCUCGUGGCGGCCCCUACGGUCCGCAGCAGCAACAGUAUGGCAAUACAGCGGGAGCACGUGCUUCCCCUACUUCUGAUGAUUAUAAUGAUGGCGCCGAUGGUGACUAUUCGGCCAUACCCGGCGUUGCUGGCGUGGAUUAUCCCAUUUAUGCUCAAGUGCCGCGCACAAAUUUCGAUUGCACUCAGCAGCCACUUCCUGGCUACUAUGCGGAUAUUGAAGCCCAAUGCCAGGUCUUUCACAUAUGCGCAUUGAAUCGCACCUAUUCGUUCCUGUGUCCCAAUGGCACCGUCUUCAGCCAGGAGACGCUCGUCUGUGUGUGGUGGAAUCAGUAUGACUGCGUUUCGGCACCCAGUCUAUAUGCGAAUAAUGCCUACAUCUAUGACUAUACCAUUGGUAGCUCCGCCUCCGUCGCCACUUCCAAUGUGAAUACCUAUCGUGGUGGUGCACAGCCUGUGAGUACAGCAUAUGGUGCAGUUGCACAGUCCGCAGCCGUCGGCGGCCCUCUGCGUGCCACUGGCGCACCUCAGCUGACAGGCUAUAAUGCUCAACGUGGCUCGUAUGCCACGCCCUCACCGACGCCGACACAAACGCAAUCUCUUUAUGGCCAAAGCACCAUCAUAAGACCCGGUGGCGUCGCUGGUACUGUGGCUGCUCCGGGUGCGAACAGGAUUGCGCCAGCUGCGGCUGCUGCUGGUUUGGCAGCCACCGCAUCGGGCAUCUUGCCCGGUAAUGCUAUCGGUAGCUUCGCUCAGCCUGUCGUUGGAGUUGGCAAUCGAGAGUAUCUGCCGCCGAACAGCGUUGGGCAACGCCAACAACGCACUCAAGUAUAGAAUCUAAUGAAUCCAAGCAUCUGUACCCGGUUAAAUGGCAAUAGACUCAAAUGUCCUUAGGCUUAGCAUAAAUAAUAUUUACAUCCACACACACAAACAUACACACACUUAGGAGCUCCUUACACCAUCAUUUGUAGUUAAACUUAAAUUCAUAUGUAUUCAAUUCUUAUUCUAUAUAUAAAUUGCAUUUGUUUAAAAA